GAGAAAUGGGCAAGACUCCGCCCCUGCUCAAGAAGAACCGCAGUCCACCUGAAACAGAUAAACGCUUGGACACCUCUACCAACUCUGCGCCGUUCCUUAGAUAAAAGCUACAUUUAUUUCACUUCUUUGUCUAAGGAAUCUACGGCAACAUCAGAGCCAAGAUGGGGCAGAAAGAUAUCAUUUGCAACUGGAAGAAAAGCAUCAGUAACAUCAAGGAUGUGUUUGACUUCAAGGGGAAGAUGGGUUCAGGGUCAUUUUCAGAAGUUUUCAUGGUGAGGGAGAAGAAAACCGGGAAAAUGUAUGCCCUGAAAUGUCUGAAGAAAAAACAUCUUGCUCAUAGCAACCUGGAAAAUGAAAUAAAUGUGCUGAGGAGGAUAAAGCAUGAGAAUGUAGUGGGACUGGAAGAUUUCUAUGAGAGUCAAACACACUACUACCUGGUCAUGCAACUGGUAUCAGGUGGGGAGCUGUUUGAUCGCAUUUUAGACAAAGGGGUUUACACCGAGAAGGAUGCCAGCAAAGUGAUCAAUCAGGUGUUGCAAGCUGUCAGCUACCUGCAUGAAAACAGCAUUGUACAUAGGGACCUUAAGCAGCCUGAGAACCUGCUGUACUAUAGUACAGAUGAAAAUGCCAAGAUUAUGAUCAGUGACUUCGGUCUGUCUAAGACAUUGGAGCAUGGUGUGAUGUCUACAGCAUGUGGAACACCAGGAUAUGUUGCUCCUGAGGUUUUGGCUCAGAAACCCUACAGCAAAGCAGUGGACUGUUGGUCAAUUGGAGUUAUCACUUAUAUCCUGCUCUGUGGCUACCCUCCAUUCUUUGAAGAGAACGAGAGGCGUUUGUUUUCAAAGAUCAUCAGGGCUGAAUACGCCUUUCAUUCCCCCUUCUGGGAUGACAUCUCUGAGUCAGCCAAAGACUUCAUCAGGAAUAUGAUGCAGAAAAACCCCACUAAACGCUUCAACACUGAACAGGCACUCAGACACCCCUGGAUUGCUGGAGACACAGCUAAAGACCAGGACAUUUAUCAGUCUGUAUGUGAACAGCUGGAAAGAAACUUUGCCAAAUCCAAGUGGAAGGAAGCCUUCACUGCAACCUCUGUAAUCCACCACAUGAAGAAACUACAGUUGUCCCAUAAUAUACCAUCCACUUCCCUUCUCUCCGUACCCAACUUAAAACUAGAGUCCUCAUCCCAGAAUGACUUGGAGCCACUAAAAAAAUGCCAAGAUGAGGUGGACCCCCUCGACCCCAAUGGAAACCCUCUUCAUGCUGCCAGCCAUCUCUCCUGCAGUAAAUGUGGGCUGGAGAGAAGUCUCUGUCUUCCACUGAAAGCCAGUCCCAGAGAUUCUAGCAGCAGUCUCACCACUGAUGAGUCAAAAGAGGUCCAUAACUUUCAUUCUGAGAGUGAUUCUCUCUUUGCGCCAUCCCAGAGCCUGGAUGCAGUGGCUCAGAGGAAGGAUCAGCCACUUCAGUCUGGAGUGUGUUUUAUCAUGUGAUUCACUGACCAAACUGAGAUUAACCUUUUGCAGUUUAUUUCUUGAGCUGACAGCACUCACUGACAGCCCUCUAAACUUGAGGGUGUUGACACAUCUGCUGCGCUACUACUUCAUCUCUGUCAUGAUUUUUUAAGCUGAACAAAGCACUUCUCAUCAACAGAUGUAUGCAGACUCUGCAGUGUCUCAGGCCCAGAGUGAAAUGUCUGAAUAUGACAGUAAAUAGACAUUUCUAUAAUUUUCAAAUACUUAUUUUCUCAAAAACAUAAUUUAUUUUGUGUUAUUAUUGUUACUAAAUACCAGUAAAAUGUAUUUGUUUUGACUAGACUUAGGUGACAUAUGUAAAAGGUGAUUUAUGAUAUUUUUCUGUUAUGUUAUAAAUGACAUGGCUGUUUUAAAUUUCAAAAACUUUUGAGUACUUUUUCAGACUUCAGUUAUAUCUAUAUGUUGAUGAUCUUUAUUAAGACACAUAUUUAUGCUCACAAUUGGGUUACUUGAAAAACCUGGAAAUAAAACCAGAUGUUUUCAUCAUAUUAUUUUGCUAUUCAUACUGUAUUAUGCUAAUGGAUUUAGUCUACUUUUCACAAUUUACAAUGAAUGGAAACCUUUUUAUAGGAUUACAUUUUACUUUGAAGUGAAUCCAUUGAUACUGUGUUACUUCUGAUGUCCUUAAGCUACUCGUGUGAAACAGCUAAACUCAUCAAGUGCCACAAGUAGAUGUGAAUAAGUGAUUUUUUCCCCCUUAGUUCGCAUAUGUAGUGACAUACAUGUAUUUUUGAUAUUUUCUUAAUAAAGCUUUACAUAUGUAAA